AUGUGGCUGGAGUCGCAGGUGGCCCUGAAGGAGCUGCUGGCCCAGGAACUGCCGGCCGCACCGCCGCAGCCCGAGCGAGACCGGGCCGCGUUCUCCCACGGGCUGGCCACCCUGUUCCUGCGCUACGUGCAGGUCGUGCGGUGCCUGGAGACCUGCCACGACCAGAUGCUGCAGCCGCAGAAGCGCCGCAUGCUGCGCCGGGUGCUGGACGGGGCCCUGGGCCGUGUGCUGGAGCUGAAGGAGGCGCUGGUGCAGCUGGACCGCUCCGAGUACCACUUCAUGGACCACGCGCUGCAGGACCUCAAGCUCACCCCGGCGCGCGAGCGGUCGGCGCGGGACGGUGGCACCAAGGAGCUGGACCGCAAGAAGGCUGCCAUCCGCAUCCAGAAGGUGUGGAAGGGCUGCCUGCAGCGCCGGCGCACGGCUCUGGAGCGGCAGCAGGAGAUGGCCUUCAUCGGCAUGGUCUCCGACCCAGCGGCCCCGGGGCUCUCGGCGGUGGCGCUGCGGGCGCAGCUGGGCGAGGACUUUCGGCGGCUGCGGCAGGCGGACCGUGAGGCCGAGUACCAGCAGGCGCUGGCCAGCACCCGGGCGUUGCUGCUGGACCUCGAGGGGCCCAGCCUGCAGGAGGCCAUGAAGGAGCAGCUGCGCCAGUGGUUCCUCGAGUGCCGGGACCUGACCGGGCACUUCCCAGAGUACCCCGACGAGGACGUGGGGGGCUCCAGCAUCCUGUUUGCAGAGAAGACCCCUGAGCAGGUGAGAGAAGAGCUGGAGCAGCUGGAGAGAGAAGAGGGGGAGAAGAAGAAGAAGAAGAAGGAGAAAGAGAAGGAGAAAAAAGGCAAGAAGAAGAAGGACAAGAAACCGGAGGAAGCUGCAAGUCUGAUGCUGCCUCCCUCCAGCUUCCUGCCCGUCAUCAACACGGGCUUCAUGCAGUACCAGGCCACCUGGGGGGAGUGGGACACGGGCGAGUCGGUGCAGCAGGGCUGCAACCUGGAGCUGAUCAAGGCCCAGAUGCGGAAGGAGGUGGAAAAGGAGGUUCGGCUGCAGCAGAAGUUGGGGAAGAAAAGAGGGAAAAAGGAGAAGGACCUGACCCAGGACAGGACCCUGGACUCGCUGUAUGAGGAGCUGGCGCUGCAGGGCAUCCUCAGAAAGCCCCAGCCCGUGCCGCUGGCUGACUACACCGGUGACUUCAGCUACCUGGGCAGCACGCUGCGCGCGGCGGGGGCCGAGCCCGCGCCCUCGGUGCUGGACGUCCGGCAGAACGUGGUGCUGUACGCCAUCCUGCGCCUGGGGUCACCCACGGUGCACGAGCUGGCACCACAGGUGAGGUCCCUCCUGCUGGCUGGCCCUGCGGGCACCGGGAAGAAGAUGCUGGUGCACGCCGUGUGCACCGAGACGGGCGCCAACCUCUUCGACCUCUCCCCCGAGAACCUGGUGGACAAGUACCCGGGGAAGGCCGGCCUCAGCCUGCUCAUGCACAUGGUCUUCAAGGUGGCGAGGCUCCUGCAGCCGUCGGUGAUCUGGGUCGGCAACGCGGAGAAGACGUUUUACAAGAAGGUCCCGAAAGAGGAGAAGGAGGCGGAGCCGAAGCGCCUGAGGAAGGAGCUGCCCAAGGCUCUGAAGACGCUGCGGGUGGACGACCGGGUGCUGCUGCUGGGCACGUCCGACCGGCCCUACGCGGCCGAUGCCAAGGCCCUGUGCAAGGCCUACGAACGGGUCCUCCUCGUGCCCCGACCCGACUACGCCUCCCGCUAUGUGACCUGGCAGCGCCUGAUUCAGAAGCACAGUGGCACCGUGGGCCAUGGCCUGGACCUCAGCGCCCUGGCCACGGUCUCAGAUGGCUACAGCCAGGGGUCCGUGGCGCAGGUGGUGCGGACGGUGCUGACCGAGCGGCGCAUCCUGCAGCUGCCCAGGAGGCCGCUGCGUGCCGAGGAGUUCCUGCAGUUGCUGCCCAAGGCUGACCCCAUCUACUCCGAAGAGGAGAAGUUGCUCCAGGACUGGUACCUGAAGACGCCCCUGGGUAAGAGGUGGCUCAAGGCCAUGGAAGAGCAGGUGGAAGGGAAGGAGAUGCAAGCGAAGAAGAAGGGGAGGAAGUAAAGCCGGCUGGAAGCGGGGAGCUGGCAGCACCCCUGGCUGGGGCAGCC